CAUUCCAUGUGAUGUCACCAGUGUUGUGGCAACACCAACUGUCAUUGGGGCAUUGGGGCAGUGUCUCGUCUUUCACCUACAGACAUGCUGACUAGACUGAACAGGAUUCUUGGGAGACAGGAUGGCGAGCACAGGGAGAUCAGAGGAAGGCAGAAGGAAGAUGGCCUUCAGUCUCCAUGUCACACAUCAAGAAACAAAUGGUUCUGGGGAAAGCACAGGGCUGCUAGGAAGGCUUCAUCCACACCCUUCUUCCUCACUGAGCAGGAGCAUCAGCUGAACCAGGUGGAAAAACUGAAACUUCAGCUACAGAUGAUGAACAAUGACAGGAAUGAACUGCGUGAAUUCCUGGCCCAUUACAACAAUGAGUUGAACAACAGGCUGAAUUCGGAGAAUGUGAUACAGAACACAGAGCAUAAGACAGAUAUGUCAGAUAUGAAGAAAUUACCUAAGGAGUUUAGUGAGGCUUUGUACAAGUGCAUAGAGCUGAGAGAGAAGACCAAAAUCUACCGCACCCUCUACAGUCAGCACCUGAGUGAACAGACUCAGCUGAAGGAAAAAGUGAGAAUGUUGCUAGAGGACAAGAAAAAGCUACAGGGGGAGCAGAUUUUACUACAAGAGUCCUGUGAGGAGGCAAAGAGGCUCUGUGAAGAGGCCCAUGGGAAGAUCUAUGACCUCUGGACAAGGCAGCUGCAGGUAAGUUGAAGCAGCAGGGCCAACCUGGCCAUCAGUCUGACCAUACACACACAUAUACACACACACACACACACACAUGUAACCAUCUACUCACUUAUCCAACUGACCCAUCCAAUAGUUAGUUUACUUCUGUGAUCAUUCACAAGUCUUUCUGGGAGUUAGCCUCUUAGAGCAAGCAAACUCUACUGCUCUGCUGGAAGCUGCAGUCCAUUGAGGGAGACAGGUCAAUCACACACCACUCACCUGCAUGUCAGUAUGGGAGGAGCCAUGCUAUGAUGGAGCGAAACAGAUUUGUGUGAGUCAGGUCAAGGGUCUGGGUCUAAUUUGCUUGCCAUGGGUCAUGUGAGAUCAGAGCAGACA